UUAUAUUGUUUUUUGGCGCGUACAUUUGGCAUGAAUUGUGAUGUUUCUUGUUUAUUCAUUGUCGUAAUGGUCGUAAGACAUGUUUCUUGUAAAAUUACGCCUGUUUUUUCGUAAAACAUAAUAAUUUGUUUGAUUUUAUUAUGUAUGUCCAUGCAAUACAGUUUUGCUCAAGAUUUUCCUUUAAUAUGUGUCACUUAAAUGUCAUAAAUAAUUUCAUAUUGCUUAUUUUAACUAUUUAUUAUUAAUUGUGUUAUCUUGGGGUUUUUACAUUAUUAUUUUUUUUUGCAUUUAAACUAUCAGAAAUUCUUCUGUUGUUAUAUGAACUGUUUUAAUCUUAAAAGUUAUUGUUUCCAAUCUCAAUUCUCCAAAAUAAAAGUCCUGAACUUAUAAUUUGAUUUACUGAACUUUAACUAGCAAAUCCUUAAGCUAAGCCAUGAAUACGUUUCCCGACAAGAAGAACUAUGGAAUUAAUUAUCUUAAAAGGCCAUGAUUUUAUUGAUCUUAUAAUUUGAUUUAUUUACUGAAAUGUACUUCACUAUUGAUAAUUAUUUGAAGAUAGCAAAUCCUAAAGCUAUGCCAUGAAUACAAUUGCAUGUAUGUCUAAAGUAUUGCAACGAAUUACUGAAAAUAUGGAUUCUUUUGAAAACAGUGAAAAUUUAACUAACAUGGCUAUUUCUGCUUGCAAUAUUGGAAGCUACACCAUAAAGAAUUUAUUACCGUGUACUCUAUUAGGGAAUGUACUGAAAAUUUUGAAAAAAUUUAAACCCAUAACAUCCAAUUAUCCCCAAAUUAUCAAAUUUCUCAACGAAGUUGACGAAUUUUAUCACAAGGGAAAUUUGUGCAAGUAUUACAAAAUAGUUAUUCUUACUAAUCAUUCACCAGCUGUUGAAUAUGAAAUACUCAACCUGUUGAAACUAUGUCUUGACAUUAAAACAUGCCAAGAUAUGAGCUUACUGAAAAUUGCUCUUUUAAGUUCUAAUUUACCUCAAGUCUGUACUGAAAAUCAUGAUGUAUACCUGAAAAUAAUUGCUAUUUUUAAAGAAGCAUUUUUAAUCAGUAAAGGCAACCCUCUGAUUUCUUAUUUAUCUAGCACAUUUGUAAAAGCUGUAAAUGACAGUGGUGUGCCAAGCUGUAUAAUGUUUGCGGAGCAUUUACAGCAUUUUGAAGCUUUGCUUUCUCUUCCUUUACAGAUUUGUUCAAAGGAGCAGCAGGCAUAUUGUCUGGAACAACUAAUAUUUAUGCUUGCUGAAGCUGUCAAUUUAAAACUUUGUGAAACUGAAGAUGUUUUGUACUUGACUGCUCUUUAUCCCAUGCAUUAUUAUCAUUUAUUAAAAUACUGCUCUGAAUCAAAUAAUAAUUAUGUAUUUGAAUUUUUAAAAAUUUUGUGGAAAUCUUUAUAUUUUGUUGAAAUUAAAGAAAAACAACAGCAUGUUUCUGCUAUAAUUACUAAUCCAAUAUGGAGAUUUUUAUCUGUUACUCAUCAGUAAACUUCACAAACAGUGAAAAAGUACAAAAAAUAUAAUGGGUUUUUAAUAAUGGAACAAUUCAGAGAAGAAACUUUCUUUACAAGUUGGAAUAUCUUUAAAUUAUCAGGUUGUUAUGAAGUUAAAGAAGGAAGUUGACGGUUUAUUAGGAUAUAAUUAUUUAUUCUGAGUUUUUUGAAUGGAGCCUCCUAAAAAGUUGCUUAGAAUGGAAGAGUUUGAUAUUAAGGAAAUGCUAAUAAAUAUGCAGUCAACAUUUUUGGGUAAAUUGAAAAAUAUAGAAGAUAAAAUUGAAAGAUUAGGAACAAAAUACCAUUUACUUGAAGGAAAGGUGGAAAACAUACUGAAUAAAGUCAAAGAAAUAAGUGUUGGAGUUCCAUAUCUAGGUGUGGCUGUAAAUGGAGAACCUAGUAUGCCAAAUUUACUCUCUUCCAAUACUGAAGAAAGUUAUCCAAAUGGCUCUUGGCUUGGUGAUCCUGAUAAUCCAAAUUUCCGUGUGAGAUGUAACAUAAGUCCAAUGUAAGCUUAAUUCUUUUAUACAAUUA